AUGGGGGAACCAGCCCGGUCCUCCGUGGCCCAAGUAGCGGCUCCCAGAGGAGUGGGUGGGUCAGGCUCUUCCCGGGACCGCCGGGGCCGGGACCUCUCGCUCUGCCAACUCCCGCCGGGUGCGCGACCCCCGGUUCCUCCCGGUGCUACCGGGACUCCUGACCCAGUUCCUCCCGGUGCUACUGGGACUCCUCAUCCCAUGCACCUCCCAGCGCCACGCGGGAUCCCCGACUCGGCUCCCCCCGGUGCCACCGGGUACCCACAAGGGGCAGUCCCGCACAGCGCACACCGCCCGGUCCCUUCCAUUGGGACCCCUGACUCUCGCCGGUGCCACCGGGGCUUCCUUCGGACACGCGAGCCCCGGCUCCACCAGGACGCGCGACCCGGCUGCCCGUGGUGCUACUGGAACACCCGACCACAUCCACCUUGCAGGACACCCACUGCCCUAAUCCACCGGUGCCACGGCGAUGCCCGACCCAGAAACCCUCGGCGACACCCAACACGCCCAAUCAACCCCUCCGGUGCCACCCGCGACGAUGGCUCCCGUUCCCCCGGUGCCACCGGGACACCCAACUCCGUGCACCUCCCGGUGCGCUCAGCCCGCCCCCGCUGCCAGCGCGACCCCCGGUGCCCCCCGCCUGCUCCCCGCAUCCCGGUGCCGCCCGUACCCGGUGUUGGCAUCCCCGGAGCCCCCUCGGUGUCGGUAUCUUCAGUGCCCCCAUUCCCGGUGUCCCCCACGAAGCCGGGCUCCCCGGUGGUCUCCCCGCCCCACAUCUUCCCAGCCGGUACCCUCCGGUACUACCCCGCUACUCCAUUGGUAUCUCCUGGUACCAACCCCAUAGACUUCGGUACAGGUCGGUACCGUUCCUUGCGGUACCCGCCGGUAUCCACUCCCGGGGACAACCGGGGGUUUUGGGGGAUCUGGCCCGCUGUGCCCGGGGUUGGCAGCGCCGUUAGUGCUGCCCCGAUAGUGCCCCUGCAGCGGCAGAGGCCCCCGGCCCGGUCCCACCGGGAACUGGAGCCACCCUGGGGUCCCGGGAGCGCAGCCGGGGCCGGGGGUGCUGCCGGGACCUCGGUACCGGGACCCUGCCUGGCCUCACAAAACCCCCGGCCCUGUGAGGAUCAGGGGGUGUGGGGGCAGCCGGACACCGGAGGGGCCCGGAGGGCGCACGGGGGUACCAGAGGUGGCGGCCCGGGGCGGGCGCCGUCGCUGCCUCCUCCCGCUGCCCGUUACCUCACUCCGGCCCCGCUCCUGCUCUCGCCCGCCCCCGACGGGGUUCCGUGA